AUGAAGUUUUCCCCAGUUCUUGCAGUUGCCUUGUCGACCUGGUCCAUUCCUUGUUCCGCCCAUUACUUUUUUCCACAUCUCAUUGUCGACGGCAACUUUACCGGAUACUUCGAGUAUGUCCGUGAGACCACUCAAGGAUAUAUGCCCCAAAAGGGGAUGUACGAGAGCACCGACUUCCGCUGCAACACGGGCUCUCAGGACUUUGCAUCCAAAACCCUCGUCUACGAUGUCCAAGCCGGCGCUGAACUUGGAUUCGGGACCGACUUCAACGCACUGAUCGAGCAUCCCGGACCCUUGAGCGUCUAUUUGUCCCGGGCUCCUGGCGACGUCCGCGACUAUGACGGCUCUGGCGACUGGUUCAAGAUCUACGAGCUGGGCCCUCUUCCGGGCUGGACCGCCGACGGGUCCAUCGAGUGGGGCGUCACCGGGCUCGGGAACUUCACUUUCACGCUGCCCAGCCAGACUCCUGCUGGCCAGUAUCUCGUGCGGAUCGAACACAUCGCCCUGCACGGUGCCGGCGAGUUCGGCGGCGCGGAGUUCUACUACAACUGCGCCCAGAUCAAUGUCUUGGGUGAGAGCACGGCCACCCCGGAGCCGACCGUCAAGAUCCCGGGCGUCUACAACGGUUCCGAGCCGGGGAUUCUGUUCUACAUGUACCGACCAGAUUUGAACUACACCAUUCCGGGCCCAGCUGUCUGGCCCUCCGCGAAUGGGAACACGACGAUCGAACAAGCAGCCACGACUACUGGAUCAGGGUUUGCCACUCAAAUGCCAGCUUCGACCACGCCUACUUCAUCCGUGUUCGUGUCAGCUCCCUCCUCUUUUGUUGCCCCUUAUCCCUUCAGCAACAACACGGCCGCCAUAAAUGCAACGAGCACUGACUCUUCGUAUGAGCCGGUGACUACGGUCUUGCCCAGUUUCUCCGUCACCGCUGCUGAUGCGGCCGCUGGAGUUCCACUCUUAGAGACCGUGGUGGUGACCCAGUACGUCACUUCACUCCAACAGUCUGGCUCCGGGAUUCCAACGGCAACGGAGUGUCCUGACUAUACUGUUACUGUUACUGAAAGCAGCAUCGUCACGGUUACUGUAAACGUCGCAAAUUAA